AUGGGGAAAAUAGCUGGAUGGCGCCUAGAAUUGGGUUCUGCUGAGUCUUCGCCGAAGAGAGGUGUCCACUGGGUGCUUAUUGGAGACCCGGGGUUGAAGAAACACGUGUACGCUGAGCGUUUGUCGAAGCUUCUAGAAGUUCCUCACAUUUCUAUGGGAAGUCUUGUUAGACAAGAGCCUGAACCUCGCUCUUCUCUCUACAAACGGAUUGCAAAUGCUGUAAACGAAGGAAAGCUUGUUCGAGAGGAUGUAAUAUUUGCAUUGCUCUCGAAGAGGCUAGAAGAAGGAUACUAUAGAGGGGACAACGGUUUCAUUCUAGAUGGAAUUCCUCGCACAAGGAUCCAAGCUGAGAUUCUUGAUCAAAUUGUGGACAUCGAUCUAGUUGUGAAUUUUAAGUGCACUGAAAAGCACUUGGUUAAAAAGAAGCUGGACGGGGAAGCCUUUUCUCCUCGCUGGGAAUUUCUUAGCACGAGGAGUUCCAGGUUUUCCACGGUUGAAGCUACCGCCGCCUGGACUGAAAAAUUCCGAAUCUAUGCUGAGCAGUCAUUUUAUAUGCCGAAGGCUAGAACAAUGUUCCUUCCUGUUUGCUUUACUUUAGUUACAGUCAAAUGUGAGAUCUGGUGGACUCAAGAAACGGCUCAAAAGGAAAAUAAGUUUUAUUAA